AUAUAUAAAUAAAACUUACACAGACAUGGGGAAUUAUUAAGAGUGUCACACUUGAGUUGUUAAAUAGCUGAAGAAUCUUGCUCAGUUCAAGUGAAUAUUUUAGUUUUCUGUUUUGACAAAUUUUUUUAAAAGAAUUGACCUUCUAAAUUUGGCUUGAAAUCAUCAUCUCAUAUUACAAUGCAAAGAAUACAUUUGACGUGUCUGCUACUUUACCUAAUCUCCACGACAUAUGCAGAUGAACAUCUGCAAUUUAAGGCAGCUCCAAAUGUCUUUUUAAUGAAUGCAGCAAAUGAAUUAUCGUUGAAAUGUACUUGGAAGGGCAAGGAAUCAUUGGGGCUUGUACAAGUGAAGAGCAUACAGAUAAUGAAAGAGACGGAGCAAGGUUUUGAGGAGAUCGCUACUUUAAAACAUCCAGAUGACACCAAUAUGACAUCAGUUCAGACACAUCCCAAAUAUGACAUCGAAGUAACAUACUGGAGACACCAAAACUGUUUUACUUUGUCUGUGCUGUUCACAAAACCAAGUUUAAGGGAUGCUGGGAAAUAUACCUGUCUUGCAGUGGAGGCUGAUGCAAUAGGAUCUUCAUUCAAUGUCAAUGCAAGUUUAAAUGUCACAUCAAAAGAGGACUGCUCUGUAGACCAAUGGUAUUUUGGACCGAAGACUUACAACAACCGAAAGUAUUACUUGUCUAAGUUUGCUGCCCUUGACAUUGACGAUGCUAUUUCUAGCUGUGUGUCUCUAGGUGGCUACUUGAUGGAAGUGGAUGAUACAUCAGAGUUCAGAAUUGCGAAUGAUCUAGCAGCGAAUACUAAAGUAGAAAGGGCUUUCAUUGCUGGGUGGCACGCCAAAGUUGAAAACAAAUGGAUCUAUCCUCGAACUGGACAGGCCAUGACGUUUCUAAAGUGGAGGUUAGGCCAACCUGACAAUCUGGACAUGGAACAUUGUCUGGAGAUAGGAUUUAAAGAGAACGAAAAAGAUAAUAAUGACAUUCAAUGUUCAUUCGAUAAUGCAUUCUUUUGUGAGAUAGAGUCUACACCAUAGACUUAUUUAGUAUACUAGACUGGAAACCGGAAAUAAAUAAAUAUAUAUAUAGAUUUUUAUGUACGUAAACUCUUUUUUAAGCUCUAAGGGAAGUCGCCCCAAUCAAUCUUUUCUGUUUUAGUAAAGUCAUGAUCUUUGGUUUUCAAAGUUUAGAAAUAAUAAAAAAUCAUUUCUCGGAUAUUGACGCAAAUAUUUGAAACAAAGCCAUUUCCUGUUUGUUUCCAUUGAGAUAUUGUUUAAAAAAUCCUAGAUCGAGAUAAUUCAUGUUGAUUUAAAGCAUCUUAUGUACAUUUAAAUAGAUUGAUUACCUAGAUCUUUCUAGAUUAUGUAUCUAAAAAGUGCAAAAUAAUAAUUAUGAGAGGAGAGUACUCUUAUUUUUGAUGUUCAAUUACUAGAUCUAGAUCUAAAAAUUAAAUUAUAUGUUACAUAGGUUAGGGUUGAAAAAAAAACCUACUUCUUUUAAUUACUUUAUUUGGACUAGGAAGUAACUAUCUUCAACUCUGAAGGAACAUCCGAAACAUGUCAAACAUUUUACAAACAAACAAACAUUUUACAAUUAACGACAUCGAAUUAAUUAAAAAGAAAUUACUAAAGCUGUAAAAAAAGAAUAAUUAAAAAAUUUGCACCGCAAUUUAAUGGAAAAUAUAUCUUUUUUUUUUAGUGUGGGGGGGGGGGUAGGAAAUUAUGCUAAAUAGAAUCCCACUGUGAGUUCAAGAAGCUGUGUAAUGAACCGAUCAUGUGUAUUAGCCAAUUUGUAUAUGUUUAGACAUUAAAAUAUGCCAAAUAUGAUAUAAAUUUUCAUAUAAUACCGUA